UAGAAAUCUGAAAUCGACGGGCAAUUGCUGUGCUUCACAAAGAAUGAGGACUCCAACGGCAAAUUUUAUAAAAUAUUAAUGUUUGAGAAUUCUGAACGAGAAAACCGACCCGGUUCCCAUUUAAUAGUGAGCCCGGCCCAACUCGUGAAUCAGAGCCCUUCCCAUUUGCUAGGGUUUUAUGCAUAUCGUAUUUAUCUUCACCAUUCGACGCCCCAACGCCACUGUCACUCGUUGCCGUCUUCCAAACCCUAAAUAGAAGUGAAACGGGAAGAGAAAAAGAUCUCCGGCCAUGAGUAAGCUUCAGAGUGAGGCCCUUCGAGAAGCUAUCUCAGUAAUUACUACUGAUACCAAGGAGAAGAAUCGUAACUUUGUUGAGACAAUUGAGCUCCAGAUUGGGCUCAAAAACUAUGAUCCACAGAAGGAUAAACGUUUUAGUGGGUCAGUGAAGUUGCCCCACAUUCCUCGCCCCAAGAUGAAGAUUUGCAUGCUUGGGGAUGCUCAGCAUGUUGAGGAGGUAUGGCUGCAUUUCCUGUUAGCAAUGUUACAAAUAUCAACGAGCAAUAUGUUGGAGCACAUAUUAGUGAAAUAAAAAUGAAGAUACACA